AUGGGUUCAUUCUUCUUCUUUUUCUUCUUCUUCUUCUUCUUCUUCUUCUUCUUCUUCUUCUUCUUCUUCUUCGUCGUCGUCGUAUUUUUCUUCUUCUUCUUCUUCUUCUUCUUCUUCUUCUUCUUCUUCUUCAUCUUCUAUCUAUAUGAAAAUUUUAUUCACGCUCCCAAAUACGUGUCCUCAAAUACCGCCACUGUGCUUUGUUGCAUUAUAGAUGCACACGGGUUUGCCAGCGUAUGUGUGAAAUACGUAUGUGUUCUCUGUCGUGAUAAUUACCGAGGUACGACUACACCAUUCGUUUACUGUUUUUCUCUCUCGUUUGUUCUCUCCCACCACCACUGCAUCAUUCACAUCAGCACCCCCUCUCUCUAUUUUGUUCACCUUCUUCAUCUCUGUCUAACUUCUAACCAGGCAACCGUCUUUCUCUGGCUUUCCCUCCCCAUCACUUAUACCACCCCCCUCCUAUUAUUUAUACUUUAUCGCGCCUCCACCCCGCAACUUCGCCAUUAUGAAUGUUUCAGUCUCUUUCUCUCUUUCUUUCACUGCCUUUGUUUUCAGUCUUUUCCUUUCUUUUUCCUUUUUUUUUUUACUCCUGCAUUUCUUUCUUUGCCCUCCUUUCUUUCUUUGUCCACCUUCCUUCCUUCCUUUCUUUCUUUCUUUCUUUCAUUCAUUCAUUCUUUCGUUAAACUUAAAUUUGAUUCCUUCUUCCCCCCUUCACUGUCCGCCCGUCUGCUCGCCUUGUCUCAUUCAUUCAACGCAAAGCCUCUUCUCAGAAUUUUGCAUCCCAAACUCUUUCCACUUGCUCAUUCUUAUUCUUUUUCUUCUUCUUCUUCUUCUUCUUCUUCUUCUUCUUCUUCUUCUUCUUCUUCUUUUGCUAAUCUUCAUUCAUUAACUUCCCUUUCACUGUUUCACACUUUCUUUCUUUCUUUCUUUCUUUCUUUCUUUCUUUCUUUCUUUCUUUCUUUCUUUCUUUCUUUCUUUCCCUCCAUUCAUAUCUCUCUACAUAUGUCAACACUGCAUUUUCUUUCAAUCAUGAACACUUUCUUUUUUCCUUCUUUCCUUCUUUCCUUCUUUCCUUCCUUCCUUUCUUUCUUUCUUUCUUUCUUUCUUUCUUUCUUUCUUUCUUUCUUUCUUUCUUUCUUUCUUUCUUUGCACAUUUUUAUCCUUUUUAAACUUUUAUCUCUCCCGUUUUUUUUAAUUUACUUUUUAAUCGAUUAUACACCUUCUCCAUAUUGUAAUCAUAAUCUAUUUCUUUCUCGCCUAUCUAUCUUGAAGUCAUUCUCCCCCUCUCAGUAUUAUCUAUUAUUAUUUCAUUCUCUCUCUUUCUCCAUCCCUCUGCUUACUAUUUUCUCUUUAAUUUUCUAUCCCUCUCUGUCUAUUUCUUUCUCUCUCACUCUCUCUAUACUGCUUUCCUUUACAUCCUUCUUUGGCUCUCUGUCUUCUUCGCCUUCUUUUCUCCACCAACAUUGUGUGUCUGUAUGUAUGUGCGACGACUCGUUUCAAUUACUUAACGUCAUUCUGCCUCACUCCAUGUUGCUUCGUACGCAAACAUCUUUCUACCCCACCCUCUCAAUAGUCAGUAUCUUUCUUCCACCACACCGUGCGUCCAUCACUCUCUUUUACCCCUCCCUAACAAUUGUACCUCUCCUCUUCCUCCUCUCUUUCACCUGCCAUUCCCUCUGUCUAUUAUGUCUCGCCCACUCCUUCAGUGCUACUAAUCUAUCUUUCGACCACCACUCUCUCAUUGCAUUAUGCCUUUCUUUCUCCGUCUCCCUUUUCAAUUCAAUAUUUUUAUGCGCUAUUUUUCGUUUUUCUUCUAUUCAUUUACCUUUCUUUUAUUUUCCCUUCCGUCUUUUUUUUCUCCUUUAUUUUCAUAUCUUGCCAACAAGCGAGCGAUCCCUGUCCUCUCGAGUCUACAUCUAUCUAUCUAUCUAUCUAUCUAUCUAUCUAUCUAUCUAUCUAUCCCAUUCUUCUAUUCAUCUCUCUCUCUAUCUGUCUGUGUCAGUGACUUUCUUUUCUUUCUUUCUUUCUUUCUUUCUUUCUUUCUUUCUUUCUUUCUUUCUUUCUUUCUUUCUUUCUUUCCCACCCCCUAUCUCUAUUUCACCUGCACCCCCCCUCCUUUUCACUUCACAUCCUUCUUUCUUUCUUUCUUUCUUUCUUUCUUUCUUUCUUUCUUUCUUUCUUUUCUUUUCUUUUUAG